AUGAACAACACAUAUCACCAGUGUCUUUCUUUGUUGAACCAGUGCAAGACCCUGAAAGCCGUCAAACAAAUCCACGCUUCUCUUCUCAAAACCGCCCCCGGUUUAGACGCUUUCUCCGCCGGAAAACUCCUCCUUCAUUGCGCCGUUACAAUCUCCGAUUCUCUCGACUACGCUUGCCGCUUCUUCCUCCACUUCCCAAACCCAGAUGUUUUCAUGUACAAUACUCUUGUUCGAGGUUUCUCCGAAUCUGAUAAACCUCAAAAUUCAAUCACUACGUUCAUUGAAAUGCGUAGAAAAUGUUUAGACCCUCCUGAUAGCUUCUCGUUCGCGUUUGUGCUUAAAGCAGCCGCGAACUUAAGGUCUUUGAAAAGUGGAAUUCAGUUGCAUUGUCAAGCUUUGGUUCAUGGGCUUGAUGGACAUCUCUUUGUUGGGACAACUUUGAUUAGUAUGUACGGAGAAUGUGAGCGCUCUGACCUUUCCAUGAAGGUGUUUGAUGAAAUGAGUGACCCAAAUGUGAUUGUGCGGAACGCGGUGGUUACCGCUUGUUUUAGAAGUGGUGACGUGAAGAACGCGGAGAGAGUGUUCAAUACGAUGCCAUUUUGGAAUUUGACCACGUGGAAUGUAAUGCUUGCCGGGUACAUGAAAGCCGGGGAGCUUGAGCUGGCACGCAAGGUGUUUAUGGCGAUGGAAAUGAAAGAUGAUGUUUCCUGGAGUACUAUGAUUGUUGGGUUUGCUCAAAAUGGGUGUUUUCAUGAGGCAUUUGGGUUCUUCAGGGAGUUGCUGCGUGUGGGGACGAGACCGAAUGAGGUUAGCUUGACUGGGGUGCUUUCUGCGUGUGCACAGGCGGGGGCGUUUGAGUUCGGGAGAAUUUUACAUGGAUUUGUGGAGAAAUUUGGGUUUGAUUGGAUUGUUUCGGUGAAUAAUGCACUGAUUGAUACUUAUUCCAAGUGUGGAAAUGUGGGCAUGGCUCGGUUAGUCCUGGAGAGAAUGCCGGAGAAUAAGAGCAUUGUUUCUUGGACUUCAAUGAUAGCUGGGCUGGCAAUGCACGGUCAUGGUGAAGAAGCCAUACAACUUUUUCAUGAGAUGGAAGAGUCUGGACUUAGGCCUGAUGGCAUUACCUUCAUUUCAAUUCUAUAUGCUUGUAGUCAUGCUGGAUUGAUUGAACAAGGAAGUAGGUAUUUUUCUAUGAUGAAGGAUGUGUACAAUUUAGAACCUACAAUUGAGCAUUAUGGUUGUAUGGUUGAUCUUUACGGUCGAGCUGGUAAGCUUCAAAAGGCCUAUGAAUUUGUAUGCCAAAUGCCCAUUUCACCUAAUACUAUCAUUUGGCGGACGCUUCUUGGGGCAUGCAGCAUACACGGCAAUGUUGAAUUGGCAGAGCAAGUGAAGGAAAGAUUAUAUGAGCUAGACCCUAACAACUCUGGUGACCAUGUAUUGUUGUCCAAUAUUUAUGCUGUUGCUGGGAAAUGGAAGGAUGUUGUGAGUGUGAGAAGAAGAAUGACUGACCAGAGGUUGAAGAAGACUCCCGGUUGGAGCAUGAUUGAAGUUGAGAAGAUCAUGUAUAGUUUUGUGGCAGGUGAAAAACCAAAUAAGACUGCAGAAGAAGCUUAUGAGAAGCUAAGGGAGAUAAUGCAUAGGCUUAGAGUUGAAGAAGGUUAUGUUCCGGAAGUUGGGAGUGUUUUACAUGACAUAGAAGAGGAAGAAAAGGAAGAUUCAGUGUCAAAGCACAGCGAAAAGCUAGCUUUAGCAUUUGGGAUAGCAAGAAUGUGCAAGGGAAAAGCCAUAAGAAUAGUGAAGAAUUUGAGAAUUUGCAGAGAUUGUCAUACAGUGAUGAAGUUAAUUAGCAAGGUUUAUGGGUUAGAGAUUGUGGUGAGAGAUAGAAGUAGGUUUCACUCAUUCAUGGAUGGUUCUUGCUCAUGCAGAGAUUACUGGUAGUGUUGAGCAAUGAAACAGAAUAAUCUUAAGGUUUAUAGAAGAAAUAGAUGUACAUGACAACAAAACACCACUUCAAUCAUCAAGGUU